ACUUCAUGAUGCAUCUUAAGGCAAUGAACCUUUCUGAUGGCUGUCAGGAAUAUUUCUGUGCAGAGAGAUCUAUUUCCAUCUAUGUGAUUCUGUAUGUGGCCGCAGCAGCUGUAGCUCUUCUGUCCGUGUGUGGAAACCUGCUGGUCAUCAUCUCUGUUAGUCACUUCAAGCAGCUUCACACACCUGCUAACAUCCUCAUCCUCUCUUUGGCUGUGUCUGAUCUGCUGGUCGGAGUUUUUGUGAUGCCACUUCAUCUAUCUUGGGUCAUUGAGUCUUGUUGGACUUCUGGACCAGUGAUGUGCUCAGUAUUCAAUUUUGUGAAUUAUCAAGCAACAAGCGUGUCUAUUCACACUGUGGCUCUAAUAGCAGUUGAUCGGUUUUUGGCUUUAAGUUUUCCUUUUUUUUACUCUGAGAAAAUCUCACCCACUGUGAUCUGCAGAGAAACUUUAUUUGACUGGUUAUUUUUGCUCCUUUAUAACUUCACUCUUCUCUUCAUUAAUGGAAACUUCACUGCCAUGUGUCCAGGAAAAUGUGUUCUUAUUAUAGAUGAGGUUUCAUUCUUCAUUGAUCUCCUGGUUGUGUUUCUUAUGCCAUGUACACUCAUCAUAAUAUUAUACACUCAUGUUUUUGUCAUUGUUAAGAAACAUGCGACUGCUAUAAGAGCCCUUCAGGUUCACAAAAGCACCUCUAAAAACAGAGUCAGUGACAAAUCAGAGCGAAAAGCUGCGAUUCUGCUGGGGAUUCUGGUCUUUUUGUUUCUCCUGUGUUUACUGCCAUAUUAUAUUUGUUCUUUAGUGAUUCCAAACAGUAAUCCUUACUAUUUUUUUGUCAGAGAUGUUGCUGGAAUAUUUUACCUUCUGAACUCCACCAUUAAUCCCAUAAUUUAUGCCCUAUUCUUUCCCUGGUUUCAGAAAAGCAUAAAAUUAAUUUUCACAUUUAAAGUGUUUAAUAAAGACUCCUCCCUGAUGAAUGUGAUGUAAGCCAUUGAAUGUAAGGCUGAAUGUUUCUUCUCUGUUUUUAUUAUGUUUUUCAUAUUAUAUAAAAAUAUCAAUUUAAUAUUUCCUCAGUUAUUGCAGAGAUACAGAUCAUUUAACAUACAUUGACUUUUUUUGACUCCAAUAGCAGAGUACUAAAAUAUUGAGAUAUUAUGCUGGUAUAGAAACAGUUUGAUGGGGAUCUGUGCUACUGGCUGUCAAUGAGGCCUUCACAGGGGAUGGUCUAGUUGACACAAUCUCUGCUGACACUUCAGGGAUGCGUUCUGGUCGUGUCUAGGUGCAGGUCCUCCAUCUGAUCUGGAUACGGCCCCGGUCUGACUGACUAUAAUAGACAGGAUAAACAGAGAGAUUAAUAUUAGCAUAGAUGUAGGGUGACCACCAUCAAACAAACCAAAUGUGGGACGAUUACCAAGUUUGUGUGGGACAUGUUACCAACACUGAAACACAUCCUAAAGCUGUUAUAUAAAGUCUAUCUAACUUAAUAAAAACAUUUUUCAUCUGUCUUUCAGCUGAUAAAAAUACUUUGUUCUUUAGUCCCUUCCAGAAAACACCAUUACAUCACAAUGUAACAUAACAUGUCUUUAUUUUACAUGUAAUUUAAAUUCAACAUCACUGAGCCC